AUGACAUUGUUUACGGAUGCAUUAAAAAACAGCACCAAGGCUUUCUGUCUGAACACGAGUCAGCAUGGAUUCAAGUUUAUCUACUUAAGCAAACGAACACUGCUUGAAAGAAUAAUUUGGGUAUUGGUAAUCGUCAUGUGUUUAAUUGCGAUCACAAUUUACUCCAUGCUGAUCUAUGAUGCAUACGCGAAUCAGGGCUCCACCAUAACCACGGAUACCACCCACAACCCGUUAUGGCACUACCAUUUCCCAGCAAUAACCAUCUGUAGCGUGAACAAGAUCUCCCUGGACCUAGUGGAAAAACAUGCGGGACUCUUAUGUAAAUGGAAAGGGGACAUUCGGAGAUGCGCUGUUCUUUUCAAGAGAAGUCUUACAGUUUUCGGUUUCUGCUGUAGUUUUAAUUACUUAGCUUUGGAUGAUGAAAAGACCAAUCACAUUUCGCCACAGCGUAUCUCACAGUGCAACUUCAAAUCUGCUCUUAAUAUUUUAAUCAAUGUGAGACCAUCGAAUUACGGCGCUUACGACAUGAAAACUUAUGGAGUUAAUGUGUUUGUGCAUCAUCCAUUUGAAUACGUCGAAUGGUCCACGGAAUUCGUGCUUCUUCCACAAUCCACCACAAACUUUGUUUCGGUCACUCCUCAAAUUACCUAUGUUUCUGAUGAUCUGGUGGAUGUUCAUCCUAAAGAUAGGAACUGCUUGAUGAGCUACGAAAGGAAACUGGAUAAAUUCCGAUUGUACACAAGACGCAAUUGCAUGACGCAAUGCCGCAUGGAUGUCGUGCGACGAAGAUGCGGUUGCUACCCAUUCUACUACAACUUUCUCAAUGAUGAUUUUCUUCACGCAAUGCCUAGGGUUUAUCAUCACACCUACUGCGAUUGUCCAGAAAAUUGCGAGUACACCACUUACAAUAUGCAAUAUUCCGGUGGAGGUAUCAGCAAGAACAAAGACAUAGCUUUAACCACCGUCGGCAAUGGUAUUUCCAUCGAAAAUCAAACGUCGUUGAGGGUUUUCUUCGGGAAUAUCGUCUUUAUCAAGAACAAUCAUACCAGAGAGUUCGAGUUUUUCUCUAUUUUAGCUCUACUGGGAGGAUUAUUGGGACUUUUUAAUGGUAUAAGCAUUCUGUCUUUGGUAGAAAUCAUGUACUGGUUCGUAGUUAGAUUAUUUCUGCAGAUGAAAAACGCUAGAAAAGAGGAUACAAAACUGAAGAAGCAGAAGAAGGAUGGAAAGGUGUCCAGAAAUGUUUACUUCGUGGAUUUCAAAAACUAA